AUGUCUACCUCUACCGCAACACCCACCACGGCCGCAACCCCGAAUGUCGGCUCUCGGAAGAAUGGUCAGUGGAAAAGAAAAAAAAAUAUCGUCCCCACUUAUCCUCGUCUCGCUGACCCGAUCGGACUUUCAGGUAAAAACUGGCAUGGCACCAAGAAAGCUUUCCGGCCCAAUGCAGGCUUGACCUCUUACGCUAAGCGUCAAGAGGUGCGCAAGCAGGCCGACGCUGUCAAGGAACUCGAGCGUGAGAUGAAGGCUGAGCACGAAGCUGAGCGCAAGGCUCAUAUCCAGCGCAUCAAGGAUCGUCGUGAAGCUAAGGAGGAGAAGCUGCGGUACGAGAAAAUGGCCGAGAAGAUGCACCACAAGAGAGUCGAGCGUCUCAAGCGCAGAGAGAAGCGCAACAAGCUGCUCAGCUCGUGA